AUGUUCUUGAACAGUAUAUGCCAGUACACAUGCAGGUGGUUUUGAACUAACUAUGAACAUGCCGUUGGGCAAGAGGAGAUAUGUCUAUCGGUAGCAGGAGGAGAUAUGUCUAUCAGUAGCAGGAAUUUGAUACCAUAAUUGUAUGGAAAAUUAGUUCUAUGGGCUUUCACAGCAAGGCUAUGAACUACUUCAUGACAGCCAGUGACGAUGAAUCGAUCCGCCUAUAUGACAUUAAAAAUGCAGUGUGUGUACAAGCCAUUACUCCUUGCCUUUCUUGACGGCCUAGUGACCAGGGGGUGGUGGGGACAUAUAUGGCAGAAGGGGUUGAAUGGAACAGAACAGAAGACACCUCAUUUCCCUUUCAAUCCUCAAAUUCUUAUCAGGUGUCGCCACCUCACCAGGACAGCACAAUUUCAGCAAGGAAAUGAUUUCCCUUUGAAAAUGAACCAGUGGGCAUUGGCAUAGCCAACACUUUUAGGGCUUGCCAAUUUUGGCAACAAUCCAAACGUUAGUCGAAUUUCUUUGAUAUUACCAAAUUUGCUAAGACUCAUAGGGCUCCAAACAAAACAGCCCCCAAGAUUCCCAUAGCGGCGCAGCCAAGAACAAAUGCCGGCCAGUCUAUCCCUCCCUCUCUCUUCACGCCGCUCCUCACUCCGCCACUUCCCCACCCGUCACAGCGCUGCCCCUCCCUCGGCCUAGCGGAGUGGAGAUCCAUCCAUCCAGGUGUGUAUUGGUUGGUUCCAUCUGCUGGUUCUUCUUCUUCAGUCCUCAAGGCCGAAUCCUUGGUAGCCGAUUGAUUAAGGUGCAGGUGCAGUUUAUUUUCCAAAGAUUUGGGGAAUCGCCCCCAUGACGAGUCCACUCAUGGUGACCAUGGAGGUCACCGACGAGGUGCUCCAGAGCAUGAAGGCUGGACUGGUAUUCCGAGGCUACAACGGCAGAAUUAGUUCUAUGGAUUUUCACAGCAAGGCCACAAACUAUCUCGUGACAGCCAGCGAUGAUGAAUCAAUCCGUCUAUACGACAUUCAAAAUGCAGUAUGUUUGAAGACUAUUAAUAGCAAAAAAUAUGGGGUUGAACUUGUAUGCUUCACUGAUAACCCAACUCUUGUCUUAUAUUCGUCAAAAAAUGGCUGGGAUGAAUCCCUGCGUCUACUUUCACUGAAUGAUAACCGGUUUGUUAGAUAUUUUAAGGGCCAUCUUGACAGGGUCGUGUCUAUCUCAUUAUGCUCUGAGAAAGAAGUUUUUCUCUCUGGUUCACUUGAUCGAACCGUCCUCUUAUGGGAUCUGCGGGCUGACAAAGCACAGGGCUCACUGCGUGUGCAAGGGAGGCCUGCAGUUUCGUAUGAUGAUCAGGGUUUGGUUUUUGCAGUCGCAUAUGGUGGUCACGUACGGAUGUUUGAUGCGCGAAAAUUUGAAAAGGGGCCUUUUGAUAUCUUCUCUGUUGGUAAUGAUGAUUCAGAAGCCCAUGUCAUAAAGUUCAGCAGUGAUGGCAGGCGGCUUCUGUUAACCACCAAAGCUGGCCGUGUUCAUGUGCUAGAUUCAUUUCAUGGCAACAAUAUAGCAACAUACAAUGUUAAGCCAGUGCUAACCAAUUCAACACUGGAGGCAACAUUUAGCCCUGACGGAAACCAUAUCAUAUCUGGCUCUGGUGACGGUAGUGUUUAUGCCUGGAACGUUAGGAGUGGAAAGGUUGCGCACUGGGGAAGCACAGAUAAUGAACCGCCACUAGUAAGGUGGGCUCCAGGAUCCUUGAUGUUCUUGACAGGAUCUUCAGAGCUGUCCUGCUGGGUUCCAGAUCUAUCCAAGCUGGGAUCCUUUGCCGUUACUAAGUAAAUGCAAAUGAUAUGAGAUGAUGCCUUGACUCCUAUGUGAAGCAAAAUUCAUAAAGUUGUGCCGUAUGACUGGCCUCUUACGCCAUCAGCUGCGAACAAGGAACAACAAAACUAUAGCCAAGUAUUUGUUCGAAUGAGUCAGUACUCUAUAGAUUCCGAUGUAUCCUUGGGUUCUUGAUAACAGUACUUUGCUCUUAUGGUGCACAAUCGUCAUACCUGUUGAUCAGACAGGUAAAGAUGUUGAAAGUGUUCGCUCCAUUUUUAUGAGAAUUUAGUGCUUUAUCU